AUGGAUGAUGAAGAAGAAACCUACAGAUUGUGGAAGAUUCGCAAAACUAUCAUGCAGCUCUGUCACGACAGGGGGUACCUGGUAACACAAGACGAAUUGGACCAAACCUUGGAUGAAUUCAAGAGUCAGUUUGGGGACAAGCCGAGCGAGGGACGGCCCAGGCGGACAGACCUCACUGUGCUCGUAGCGCACAAUGACGACCCCACUGACCAAAUGUUUGUUUUCUUUCCUGAGGAGCCUAAAGUUGGAAUUAAAACUAUAAAGAUGUACUGCCAAAGGAUGCAGGAAGAAAACAUUACACGGGCCAUUAUAGUUGUACAGAUGGGUAUGACACCAUCUGCGAAACAGUCUUUGGUGGAUAUGGCUCCCAAAUAUAUUCUUGAGCAGUUUUUACAACAAGAGCUGCUUAUUAACAUAACGGAGCAUGAGCUUGUCCCAGAACAUAUUGUAAUGACAAAAGAGGAAGUGACUGAACUCCUGGCACGAUAUAAAUUGAAGGAAAGUCAGUUACCCAGAAUUCAGGCUGGAGACCCUGUUGCGCGCUACUUUGGUCUAAAAAGAGGACAGGCAAUAAAAAUUAUUAGACCGAGUGAAACUGCUGGACGGUACAUCACAUACAGACUGGUUCAAUGA